UACAAGUUGGAAAUUUGUUUAGAAAAGAUUUGUUUGUUUGUCGCAUAAACUAUUUUUGAAACUAUUUUCCCUUGUGACCUACUUUUAAUUUAUACAAAGACUUGACAGAUUUAGAUUAGACCUUCAGUUCAGAGUUUCAUAGGAUACUAGGUAGGUACCUACCUACAGUUACAAAGGUACUUAAUAGUCUUUUCGCUAACGUAAUAAAUUGAGCAACUUGUAGGGAAUUUAUUGUGUUUUAAGCGUCAGCAUCAUGUCCAAGCUGAUGCUGUACAUGGCGCCGGGCAGCCCGCCGAGCCGGUCCGUGAUGAUGCUGGCCGAAAUCCUUGGAUUGCAGAUGGAAUGCAAAUUAGUGAAUCUCAUCAAAUUGGAGCACAGGACGCCGGAGUUUAAAAAGUUGAAUCCUUUGAUGGUAGUACCGGUUUUGCGAGACGGGGACUUCGUUCUAUCUGACAGCCAUGCGAUUUUAAAAUACUUGGUGUCGGCGUACGGGGGCCGGCAUCAAGAAACCCUGUACCCUAGCGAGCUGAAGGCGAGGGCCGUGGUGGACCAGCGGCUGUUCUUCAACGCCAGCGUCUUCUUCAGGAAGGUCGUCAAUGACGUCGCUUUCCCAACAUUUCUGGGUGCGAUAAAAGCUCCAAGCGAGGAACACAUAGCUAACAUUGAGGAGACGUACGGCGUGUUAGACGAAUACCUACAAAAGUCUCGUUUCGUGGCCGCCGACCAGCUGACGAUAGCUGACCUCAGCCUGGGAGCGAGCGCUACCGCCGCGCAGAUCGUCCAUAAAAUGGACGCUAAAAGAUUUCCUCACGGUGCGGAAUGGCUAUCCAGGAUGGAGAAGGAGCCAGUGUUUCAGAAGGUGAAUGCCCCUGGUGUAGAACUUCUCGGGAAACUCAUGAGGAAGUUUUGGAGAGAGGCGAACGAAGCCUGAAUAUAUUGUUUCAUUAGUUGCAUAGUACUUAUAUGAAGCGGUUAUUUAGUUAUUACUGUUAAAUUUUAAAUUAUUAACUACUGCCUGUUUUUUUAAUAUAAGCCUCAGGCUGUUGAUGAUGUUAGAUUCGUGUUU